GGACGGUGGCUGAGGCGGAGGGCGAGGUGGUUGAGUGGAGUGGUGGGCGGCGUCUGGCAGCGCUGCACGUCCGCCAUAUUGCAUCACUGCCACCUUGUUAUUUACUGAGCCAGCCUCGCCCGUGACGGCUGCACAUUACUACUGAGGCCGUGUUACUGCACACUGAGGCACCGAGGGAGGCGAGGAGGUCCGGCCAUUGCUUCUCUGUGGUUCCUGGCUCGCCUAGCAGUGUGAGCAGCAGGAGUGACCCAGCUGCUACCACUACUACCCACUAGUGCUGCAUUCAUGAUAGAGACGGAGGAGGGCGACAGGCAAGAGGCGGCCCUGGCGGCACCCAUGGCGGCCAGCCCAGCCCUGCGAGUCGCCACACCUCCUGAGGAUGAGGAGGGCCAGUUUGAGGCGGGUGUGGGGCGCAGUAUCACCGUGGAGCUGCUAGCCACCUGGAACACACAGCUGCGGCGGGAGGCAACUGCGCGCUGUCCUGUGGCAGGCUGUGGCAUCACCUUCCACAGUGCCCCACAGAUACAAAGCCACUAUGUCACCUGCUCUGGGAAAUAUGAUGGUCCAGUGGUGCGAUGUGAGGAGUGCCAAGCUAGAGUGCCAGCAUCUCUCAUGGUGCAACACAACAAGGUCGUGCACCAGCGGCACCCCCUUACCCCUGCUGACCCCGACAGAGGCACCACUGGGUCACGAUUUGGUCAGAGAAGCAGAGGUCAGGUCGCUCUCUCCCAGCGCCUUCUAGAUGUGUGUGUAGGGAUGUACAGUGUUGACAUCUUGCCUCCUACAGCCGGUCCUCCAGCAGCCCUCAGCCCUCCGCCUUGCAGCAGCAGUUUCUUGGGGAGCGUGGUGGGCGGGACAGCUGGAGCCAGCCUCCAGCGCCCGCCUCACACCCAGAGGCACUCCCGGGGCAGCCUGGCGGGGGAGGAGGUGCCAGCCUUCAUGAGGAUAGAGGAGGAAAGGGGGGCUGGCCUUCUGCUGGGGCCCACCGACCCCCACAGCAGUGGCGGGACGGGGCGGGGGCAGGCCACAUCCCGGUCACCUUACUGCCAGCCUGCCCGCCAGCCCUGCCCCACUGCCUGCCUGCAGCCGUCCCCCUCCUGGGCACGGCGCCGUCACCUGGACCACCACCACCACCACCUGCACCACCACCACCACAGUCCAGCCCUUGCCACACAUUCAGCGGGGCGGCGGGCACGGCGGGGCUCAUCCUGCGGGCCGGGCUGCCCCGGGGAGGAGGAAGCAGGUCGACACUCUCGCUCCCCAGAGUCCCCCUGCCUGCCCUCCCCUGCCGGCCAUGCCUGGCCUGCCCCACUGGCUGAGCGGCCCUACAGCCCGGCGGUCCAGAGGGAGGCAUUGGGGGGCUGGGGGGCUGGCAGUCCUGGUGUGGGGGUUGAGGCAGGGUGGGAUGAGGAGGAGCAGUACAGUGCCAAGCGGCGGCAGCUGGCGGUGCGGGCGGAGCAGCUGCAGCGGGCAGAGGAGUUGGUGAAACAGCAGGAGGAGGAAGCACAGCAGCGGACAUGGCUGGCUCUGCAGCAGCAGGAGAUGUUGCUGCGGGAGAAGGAGGAGGCGCUCAAGAUGCGUGAGGCGGCAGCCCAGAGGAAGCUGGAGCUGGCGCGCCUCAUGGAGGAGUCCAGGAUGAUGCGGGGCUCCACACGCCACACCGGGGACUCCACUGCCUCGCCACUCUAUUGCCCCCGGCCACCACCCUGCCCUGAGGACUCACCCCACCAGGAGGCACUCAGAAACCCCACCUGCCGCUGGCCAGAUGCUGCCCCACACCACAAUGGCACUAUCCACAAUGGCUGCCAGGAUGGCCAGGCUGGGGCAGAGCGGGGCAGGGUCUGCCUCCAAGGCCAUGACAAGGUGGAGGACCAGUGCCCCAGGGAGGCCUCGCCCCGCCAGCAGUGGAGGCCAGGGGAGGGCCACCCACCCUCCCCCCGGGCUAUCAUCCCCACCGCCCCCACACAGACAGAGCCAGGUGUGAUGGCCACCACCACUACCACACCCACCAGCCAUCUCUCUGAGACCAGGCAGGGCAAGGAGGUUCCCCGGGGGCAGGAGGAGAGCCCGCCCCGCCUGCCGACCCCCCGAGUGGUGCGCACCUACUCCCGCACCAGCCGACCCCGCCCUCUGUCUGACACCAGCCAGCCACCCCCUGCCAGCCACGUGGGGCAGAACACAAGCAACACCCAUGGGGAGACUGUGGUGAACCAGGGGUCCAGCAUCACCAUCACCCCGCUGCCCCGGCCCCCAUCCCGGCCCCGCAGACCCUACAGUGCCUUGCCCACGCUGCAAACCACCAGCCUCCCCCAGGCUCCCACUGCCUCCCCCAGCCUCACUGUUUCCCUGGCCUCACCCUCCCCCAGCCCUGCAGUGACUGCCCCCUCCCCGGCCAGCACUUCCCCACCCCGGGAGUUGGCCCCCAGGCAGCUGUCCUUCAUGCCGCCCCUCAGUCUGGGGUCGCAGCAGUUCACCAUCAAGUACGUAGGGGCCUUCAAGCCCACUCCCACUACUCCCUCCACACGCGUCAAGGCCACCCCCUCCCCACCCAGACUGUCCGAGGCCUUCUGCAAGCCGGGGCGGGAGGUGGUGGCCCCCAAGGUGACCAUCCUGCCCCGGACCACACCAGCCACCCCCACCACUCUGCCCCACACUGACAAGGGCAUGCAAGCCACACAGGUAGGCUGGCCACAGAGCGUAACAGCCACCAACAGCCCUGCUCCCCUGCUGGCUGCCCCACCACCACACUCACUGCCCUUCACCACCCACACCACCGUGCAUGUGGACCCUGCCGACUCAUCCACCCUGCAGAUACACGUGGACUCUCCCUUUCACCCUCCACAGCCCUGCCACACCCACCUCACCACCACUACCACACCAGACACCACCAUUCCUCAGGCCACCACAGCAGCCUCCACUAUCACCACCACACCCCCACACACCCAGUCAAGCAGUGAGGAUGAAGUACACAACGUCACCCAACCACAGCACCCAGAGGACACCCAAGCUUUCACAGAUAUUCAGGUGCAGCAUCUGGAGGUGGACACAGCAGAAGGGACAGCAGAGGACACAGGAAAGGACACAGCAGAGGAACCAUACCCACCCCAGAUUCCACAGGACAUCAUGAAGGAAUCUACCAGCUUUGAAGGGGAGUUUGACCCCAGCACAUUCCCCUGCAGCAGCCCAGCCCUCAUGCAGUCCUUCCUUAGUGAUGCUGUUGCCUUCCAUGCCUCCAUUUCUUCACCUAGUACCCUGCAGGACCCCCACAAGGAUGCCACCCUCCUGUACCAAUCCCAUAGCAAUAUAGAUGAGCAAACACUGAAGGAUACACAGGAUAUGCAGGAUACUCUCUCUCCUACACUACCUGCAGACAAGACCAUGAUUACAGACCCACCUGAAGGCACUGUAGGGAUGGAACACUACUUGGUGCCUCCACGUUGCCUGCAGGAAGGAACACUCAAAACAUAGACAGGUUCCUUCUCUCCUGUAGGGCCCACACAGGAUAUCCUCAGCCACACUGGUACACAAGGAGAUGCACAGAUGGAGGUGAUGGGAGGGGCAGAGAUGGAGGAGUCAUUCAUUCAUACACAGCCCUUGCAUUGCUCUACCAGUCCGGAAGAUCAAGUGGAGUGUCUAGCGGAGGACGAUCUCUCUUACCCUGAGGAUGUGGAGAUGGAGGAGGUGGACAUUAGGGAUGAUGAUGAGGAACCUGCCAACACCAGCAGUCUGUUCAUUGCCAACCCUGCACAGGCGGAAGGGGGGGUGGAAGGCAGCAGCAUCUUAUCGACUCCACCACAGACACACAAGGUGGAGGAAAAUGUCUUAACCAGUGCAAUAGAGGCAGAGGUGGAGGAAAGUCUCUCCACCUUACCACAGAGGGAGGUGGAGGUGGAAGUGGAGGGCAACAGUGUCUUCUCCGCACUACAGACAGCAACAAACAAUGAUAUUUCCUCUUAUAAUGCUCCCGGUGAGAUAGAAACACCCACACACACACUUGCAGAAGACACAGGGACAUACACACACACACCUGCAGAAGAAAUAAGGAUGCCCAUACACACACACACACCUGCAGAAGACACAGGCACAUAUACACACACACCUGCAGAAGAGACAGAAACACACAUACACACACCUGUAGAACCUGCAGAAGAGACAGGGACAUACAUGCACACACCUGCAGAAGAGACAGAAACACAUAUAUACACACCUGCAGAAGAGACUGAAACACACAUACACAUACACACACCUGCAGAAGAGACAGGAACACACCACAGUGACAUCUUUUGUGACAACACAGUGGAGGCAGGAGAGGAGGCCAUAGAGAGUGGCUUCCCUGACACAGCUGAAGAUGUGGAGGGUGUGGACCAGCUGGGGUGUGACUGGGGAGUGCCACAAGCUGAAGGGGAUGCACUGGAGAGUGAAGGAGAGCCGGGCAGUGAGGAUGCCAUGCCAGGAAAUGAAGCGUCUGAGGAAAUAUUGACAAAUACUGACCUUGUACUGUCACCAGGGUCAGGUCACUAUCACCAAGUAGAGGAAGAAGUGGCACAGGCUGGAGUUAUGGAUACACAGUUGCCAGAGAUGCCCCAACAGUGCCAGAGUGACAGCACAGUCCCUCCAGAGCUGAACCAGUCUUUAGAGGAUGCCAGCCAGGGUGCCAAGGAGAGUAAUGGCAUGCCCAUCACCACACCAUGGCACUCAAGUGAACCCACACCUGCAGAGGGCCACAGUGCCACAAUGCCAGUGACCCAGAAAGGCCACACAACUCCUGAGUGUGAGCCCGUGACCCUGGAGCCUGAGGAAAUGGAAACUGUUGUGUGUGGCGGGGCACAGCGGGGAAAGAGGGGGAGGGGGCGGGGUAGAGCCAAAGUCCGGGGCCAGACAAGGUGGACCAGGAGGCGGAACACAGGCAGAACCAAACCAGGUCAAGUGGAUGAUGCUGAUCUGACCUCUGAGGACCCACAUGUGGCAUUGACCCUGUGUGUGACCCCGGGCAGUGACGGCAAGGCAUCAGAACGCCCUGCCACAGAACCCCAAGUGGCAGCGUCUCCACCACAAGACACGACCGUCUCCACCUUGGAUAUGGAGGCAGCCACACCCCCCCCACCCGAUACAGAGGUGGAGGAGGCGGUGGAGCACGUGUCUCGAGGUGGCCGCAAAGUGAAACUGAAGGACUGGUGGACGGGAGUGGUGAGCGAGGCCACCAGUCCACGCACCAAGACCACUGCCAGGUCACCCAUCACCUCACCAGCCAGGUCACCAAUCAGAUCACCAGGUCCCAAGAAACCCAGGGUGAAGAGAAGCCCAGCAGAAGCCAGCGAGACACCCCAGCCCAAGAGGAGGUGUGAAGAGGCACCCAUGCUGACUGACAUGCUCACCACCACUGCCAUCACUACCCCUGUCAUCACUACCCCUGUCAUCACUACCCCUGCCACCACCACCCCUGCCACCACCACCCCUGCCACCACCACACCUGCCACCACCACACCUGCCACCACCACACCUGCCACUACCACCCCUGCCAUCACCACCCCUGUAAUCACUACCCCUGCCACCACCACUGCCAUCACCAUCCCCGCCACCACCACACCUGCCAUCACCACCCCUGCCAUCACCACCCCUGCCAUCACCAUACCUACCACCACCACACCUGUCCCCCCACCCCACAAGGCAGCAGAGGGGUCCCACACCCCCACCCCAGAGGUUCCCGUUAAGCGGCGGCGGGGUCGGCAACCCAAGAGUCAGCGUCCUUUGCGUGAUUACAAGCCAAGCCGGCAGGAAAAGUUUGAGGACGUGGAGUGUGGCAAGUGUGGCGAGAUGUGCUUCUCCCAGGCACACUUCCUCUCCCACGCCCGGCGAACGCACAAUGGCCUGGCCCGGCCCCGCGGGGCCAGCCAGGAGUUCACUGCAGCUGAGACAGAGAUCCUGGUGGACACCAUGCGUGCAGUGCGGCAGUUGCGGUGCGAGGUGUGUGGUGGCAUCUUCCGCUCCGUACUGGGCCACCGCAUGCACUCCCUGGCCUGCGGUGUGGACCCCAGCCAGCUGAACAAAACCUGCCACGUGUGUCACCGCCGCAUCCGCUAUUACUACCUGGAGGCACACCUCAGGAAGCACGACUCCAAGGCCGCCAGGAAGCCCAAGGAGUCGGCCACACCCAAGGACCGGGAGCGUGGCAGCAGGAAGGCCGCCCUCAACUGCAACAUGCGGCUGCAGGCUUGGCGCCACACCCGCGGUGAGGACGGCGGCAGUGACAGUGGCUCAGACCAGGGCGACGACUUCCGCCAGGAGCUGAGGCUGGCGCACUACUACACCCGCCCUGACCUCACCCUGCCCCACACACUGCUGGACACCUGGGAGGCUACCCUGGAGGAGGGGGCAGGGGCAACCUGCCACCACCAGGGGUGUGACCACUCCUCUGACAGCGUGGCUGAGGCACGGCAACACCACUGGUUGUGUCCACAGGCAGGCCACUCCCUGGAGUACUCCUGCAAACUGUGUGCCUUCACUUGUGGCCAGGAGGCAGACAUGGAGGACCACCUCACCUCCACACACAUUGCUGAGGUGGGGGGGGAGCCUGACAGCGAGUCAGAUGAGUCAGACGAGGAAUGGGGGGAGCGGCUGGGUGGCCAGCGGUCUAGUGGCCUGAGGCGGUACAGCAGGGACCUGCUGGUGCCCUUCCUGCCGGCCCUGCGCUGGACACACGACUUCCUGGCCGACAACACCAGCAACUCGCUCUACCCAGAGCACUGGCCAGCCCACAAGGAGUGGCAGGCCCUGGCCCCAGGCACUGCAGCGCUCUACCUCCCCGCCAUCGCUGCCAGCCCAAGGUUUAGGGUGCAGGUGGUGGGCCAGCAGGCAGCAGCAACAGCGACAGUGGCAAAUGGGGACUCGGUGAGCCAAGGUGAGUGGCAGGAGCUGGGCCGCUUCGACAGCAUGUUGGCUGGCCAGGGCAGUGCCAUGUUCUGUGGGGGGCCAGUGACAGCUUCAGCCUGGUGCCCUGAGUACCCGCCGGCCUCCCUGCACUCCAGCAUGCAGCACCUGGCCCUGGCCACACUCCCAUGCCCAGACAUGAAGCACCAGAUCUGCCAUUCCUACUCCCACAGGGGUCUCAUCCAGCUGUGGGGUUGCCCAGGGCCAACCACCAGUGAGCCCCCCACCCCCUGCUUCCUGCUGGGGCUGGCCCAUCAGCAUGGCACAGUCUGGUCACUGGCCUGGUGCCCCUCAGGUUCAGAGGAAGCAACGCUGCCUGGCUUGGUGGACUCCCCUUUGCCACGCCUGGGUCUGCUGGCUGCCGCCUGCUCUGACGGCACGGUGCAGGUGUAUGCUGUGCCGCGCCCUGAGGCACUGCUGGAACGGGGUGCAGUGUACAAGCCAUCAGCCAGCUUGGCACUGGUGCCAGGGCGUGGCGAGGGCCGGGAGGUGCAAUGCCUUAAGGUGGACUGGUGCCGGGCCAAGGGGCACCACCUGGUGGCCGGGGCACUGUCCUCUGGUGUGGUGUGUGUGUGGGACCUGACCACCACCUCUCCAUUCCUGCGGCUGCAGGGGGGGUCUGUGGUGGUGCCCUUCAGGAGCUUCCACGCCCACAACGGGGUGUGCACCACAGUGGCCUUCUGCCCCACCACAGGCGGCAGAAACCUGCUGUCCGGCGGCAACGACCGCACCUACAAGUUCUGGGACCUGGAGCGCCCUGAGCUGCCCCUGAGUGUGGUACGCAAGGGCCUGGUACUGGAUUCCCUGUGGCUGCUGCACUGGGCGGGCUGCUUCCUGGCCUUUGACGACGUGUACGGCUUGGCCAGCACCAACACCUGCUUCAAGGAGAGCGGCUUCUUUGGCAUCCCAUCACGCAACGUGCUGUCGGCCAACGCGGCUGUUUGGGCGCUGGCCGGCUCGGACUGGCUCAACUCGGUGGCCCAGGGUGACUCUGCCGGCGAGGUGACCCUGACAGUGCAGCAGCAGCUCUUCAGGAAUUAUGAGAAUGAAAAGUUUCCCUCAAAGCGCAAGGUGCCGGUGAUGUGUGCCCGCCUGCAGGCGCUGGACGCUGCCACCCCUGUAUCCUUCAACAGCGGCCGCAUCAUCCAUCGCUCCCGCCAUGAGCCGCAGGCAGCCAAGGCCAAGUCUGCAGACCAGCAGAGGGAGCAGAACGAGCAAGAGGAGGAGGACUGUCUGGGCCAGAACCUGUACCGGAAGUUCCCGCAGACGUACCAGGAAACGGUGGACACGCAUGGCCUGGUGUUUAAGGAGCAGAACGUGGCAAACUUCUGCAGCAUCCCUAGGGAAGAGCUGCUAGAGCGAUGGCGCAACGAGUGUAUGGAGGCCAGCGCAAUCACCUGCUACCCCAUGAUGGCUGUCACCUCCUUGGCCUGGAACAACAACCUGGGUGCACACACCUGGAUCGCCGUGGCCACCCAGUCCGGCCUGGUGCGCUUGGUGAGGGUGGAGGGGAUGCACAACGCUGCCAUGGACUCCUUCAUCAAUGACAACUUCACCGUGCGGAGAUGA